UGCUAGUGUAUAUGUUGACUUCCGGUUUCGGAACUUUAAUGUUUACAGCUGUUAAAUCUAGAAAGGAAAACCCCAGAAAAAUUUCUUAUUUUAUCUUUUUCAAUGCAUUAUCAAUGGCAGGGGGAAGACGUGGCCCAGGAAGACAACCUGCGAACCGUCCAGUUCCAUUAGCUUCAGCACAUAAUGUUAGAAACUCGUCACAAAGUGCAACACUUCGUCAGCGAAAUGGACCAAAUGUUGUUGGAAAUAACCCGUUGAUGACCACUACACUGAUCACGAUCACUCCAAUACGCCAUCUUGAUAUUCCGUCAUUGCCGACCGAUGGAAACCUCUUCUUCGAGGCAAUGAUGCUUGUCUACCUAUUGAUGGCACUGUUUCUCCAGUAUGUGAACAUUUACAAGACCAUCUGGUGGCUGCCCGUACCGCCAUCAAAUACAGCAUUGAAUUUUUACCUGAUUAACCCAUUCUUGGUGAUCUUUAUUACCGUUGUGCUGUCAAGAAGACUAAUCUGGAGCUUGGUGCGUGAUGUGUCCUUCCAAGGGAAUGUUUUAACAAUUAGCUUCUGUGUGAUACAGCUGUUCAAGUUUGUACUGGUGGUGGGCUUUGUCUUCUUAGCUGGCUACUCACUGUGGAAGUUGUUUGGUAACAAUUCGCCACUGAACAUCUUAUUCCUAGCCUAUCCGUUGGUAUCUUACUUUCUUCUCUACGGUUUAACCUUUGACACCAGUACGCCAAUCUUUCUGCUGCAGUCAUCUGUGAAGUCGAUGGAUGAUGAUUACAGUAAAGUAGGGUCACAUGACCUGAGCAGGAUCAUUCCGUUACACAAAUGCACACACUCCCCGUCCGAUACACGUCGAGAGGCUGAUCUUCUGAAAGUUGACUUUAACAUGCGAAUCAAGAAUGUUUUAUUCAAUUCAAUGGUGUGUGCAUAUUACGUCGGUUUUGUACCCAUCUGUUUCCUACAGAGUUCAAUGUACCUGGAUUUAUGGUGGUCUUGUCAGCACAUAGCAUUUGUGUGGAUUAACUCCUUUAUUAUGUUCAGCUCGCACUUUCUACCGCAUAAGUAUUGCGAUGUUCUGCAUCGCUGUGCCUUGCACCUCGGCUGCUGGCAAAAGAUUGAUCAUGGCUAUAGUAACACACCGCAACAUGUUUGGUCUGAUUUAACUGUAUGGCCUCAAGGAGUGUUAGUUCGCUAUCAGAAAGCACUUUACAAGGCAGUCGGUCAGCAAAAUGUAGCACAGCCGUCUGAUAGCUCGUAUGCCAGAUUUUAUUUUAUGUUUAGUCAGCCGCUGCGAGUACUCAACAUUAUGGUUGUGCUUCAAAUAUUCGUUGUUGUGUACCAGUUAUACUUGCUUGCCCGAUAUUCGCAUUGGAACUACGUCAUAUCAAUCUCGCUCUUGCUCUUCUCAAACUAUUACGUGCUAUUCAAGCUCUUACGAGAUCGCUUCGUGCUGGGGAAGGCAUAUGCGUUAGAGAACCCCGAUUAAGAGAGUACAGUAUUAAUGUUUAGUAGGCGGCUAUACAACAAGUAUGUUUGUGUGUUACAGCUUUUUCUUUGCGACAUGAUUUUGUCUACUGUCAGUUGGCCAUAUGGAUAAAAAAGUGUUUAAAAAAUUGCCCUAUUUACAUAUUAAAUUCAUUUUUACUAUUCUUUAAUAUUUCUUUAAGGUUAUUAUUGUUGUUUGAUAUAAUUUAUAUCUCUAAUUAGAUUAGCUUCUAGAUUUAUAUUGGUUAGACUGACAAAUUUUAAAGUUGCUUUCUAAAUAUUUUCUAUGAAAAUUGUGUUUAGUAGAGAUAGGAUGAAACAAUCUUAGUUUUGUUUUGUAUCACCAUUUUAAGAUAUUGAAGUUGGUGAUGAUUUUUCAGUAUUAUUAUUUCAAAUUAUCAAGCAGGUUUAUUUGGUUGUGAUCAAUCAAUCAUUCAAGAGACUGUUGACAUUUUUAAAAUGUAAGAUUAUGUGAGCCAAAGAGAAAUGUCUCAGCAAUUAAAUUAAUAAUAACAGAUACUUAAGAUAGAUUGAGGGUGCAAUGUAAUUUGUCGGAGAAAACCAAAUUGAGGGCACCCUUUAUUAUAUAGGCCUAAAUACCCUACCAUAUUAUUUUUUAUCCAUAAGGCUGAUAGACUUUCUUUCCAGUACUUACUGUUGUAGAGAUAUAGACGUACAAUAAUUGCGUUCUAGUAUUUUAGAAGCAGUUUUUCAUUGAACGUUAAACAACAAUGUCAAUUAUGAAUGGUAGAAUUUACCAUUUUUAAAUGCUUUAGGUUUUUUUUUUCCUUGUUUUGUUUUAAAGGGAAGAUGGGAUACAAUUUUUCUUUGUUAUUAAUAUUUAAAAUUGCUGCAAACAAAAGUACUAUUACUGAUGGUGAUGAUUCCAUAAUUACAAAUUGUCUAAAAAAUACAAUUUAUUCAUUGCUUCUGUUUGACAAUAUAACUGGGUGAUGAAUAUUACUAUAAUCUCUCCAAUCUGGCAGUAAACCCUUGGUGUUUUAAGGUAAGGUAAGGGUUUAGUAACUUAUGAGUAAUUGAACCAUCUUACUUAUUCCAUGUGAUAUCCAAUUAUUUGCCAUAGCUUGUACCAUAUAAGGCUGAUGGUUUUUUUUUGGUGUGGAUAGCAGGAAUCUCUGGCGGCGCCACUGUUUUCAUUGGCAUUUGAUACAUUUCAUUUAAAAUGUAAGCCUAUUUAACAAUACAAGGGUUUAAAGAUUUGGUAUAUGUCUUUAAAACUGGCAGUCAACAUUUAGUAACCAAGACAUUUGGAAAGCAGGUCAUUUCAAAAGCUGAAAUAUCCGCUGCAGGGUUACAAAAAGUCAGCCACUGCUUUAAAUAGAAACUAUUAAAUCACCAUCAGCAGUAAGUAAUUUUUUGUUUGGUUCCGGGUGGAUCUUAAUUGCAUGGCUGCUAAGACCGUACUUCCAUUUAUUGGUGCUGGAAUAUUCUUUUUAAACAAUUUUGUUCUCCCAUUUUAUGUAUUGGUUGUUUCCAAUUCAUUUUGUUUAGUUGUAAUUUUUCUGUAACAGUAUUUAUGUAACAACCAACCAACCAAAUACUCAAUAUACAGCUUAAUAUGCUAAGGCCUUUUUUGAGUACUGUAUUAUGUUUUUCUUCAUGCUUGUUGCUUGAAAAAUCUUUCCUAAAACACACAUGCAGCAAUGACCAGCACAAAUUCGACCAACCCUAAAAUAUACUGUGUCAUGUGCAUUCUGCAAUUACUUUGACCAAACUGAAGCACAAAAAAUUUUCUUGGGAGAAAAAUAUCGAAAACUAUGGUAAUAGUAACCAUAGUAUGGACUGUUUGUCUUCAAAAUGACAUUGGACAGUCAAAAUAAAAUAUGAGGUGAAAUUAUCCAUGAAAACAUGUUGUGAACUGCUAAGUAUUGUUCUGGAUAUUAAUUUAUAUUUGCUUGUAAUAAAUGCUACUAGCAAGCACA